AUGUCAUCGAACUCUUUGUUGGCGUUUGCUUUUGACGACGACGAUUCUGAGUACAAACUGUUUACGGGGAAAGCGUCGAACGUCUUUCAAUUUGAAGUGCCCAAGGAUUGGGUGAUCGCCAUCGACCGUCCGGUGGAAGAGAAACAGAAGAAAAAAGCAGAGACGAAAGUCGUCGUCGGACAAUUCAAGACGGUAGAUACGCUGUCGGUGAGAUUAGAAAUCGCGGACGAAUCGGUGCGAAAAGCGUUCGCGCUCGCCGAGGAUAAGAAAGACGCGAAAUAUAUCGAGCAGGAGUUUACGAAGGAGGAACGAGAAGCGGCGGCGGGGAAGAUUGCGCAAGAUGUGAUCGUAGGCGUUGAAAAUAAUCGGAGCGGGGUGAUGAAGUUUGUGAACGUUGGAGAUGAAAAUGAAAACACGACGAAAAGGAUCGAACGCGACGGGAAGGCAUAUUACGUGUUCCAAUCGAUUAGCGAAGUUUGCCGAGCGGAAAUCACGGAGAUUGGUGGCGGAAAGAAGAUAUGUAUAGGACCUAGGGGCGAUGAGAUUGAUACCAUCGAGAGAAGAGCGAUGACGGUGGUCACAGUACCAGACGCCAACGACGGCAGUUACUUCGUUUUGAAGAUGAGCGCAAAGGUGGACAGAUGGGAAGAGACGAAGGAAAAGUUCGAGCGCGCGGCGGAGACGUUCCGGAUGUUGUGA